AGCGGAAACGGAAAUUCGGAUACAAUGCUUUCGGGAAGUAGCAUUUUGAUGUUGUCGUUCUUCUUAGCUUUAGCGGUUUUCGUAAAUUAAAAUAACAGUAACCGUAGAGGGUUUUCCGUGUGUCUCCGUGUGUGUGUGUAUGUUUAUGGUAAAACAAGCAAUACACAUGCCUCAUGCGUUAGCCGCUUUGCUACCUAGCACAAUUUACUUUAGCUAACGUUAGCUUAGCCUAACCGUUAGCUUGGCUGUUGUGCUGCUUUAUUGACUCCUGGCUGCAGAAAAGAAUCUGAAGCCAACUGAGUGAUUAUGGCCGACCCUGCACGGAUCAAAGCUGAGGAUACAUCUGAAAGGACGACUUCUGUCACGGAGGAGCAUCCUAAAGCAGAGGAAAUUGAAGAUGUACCUGGCACAGCAAAGCCCACACAUGAAAACAAAGAUUCGUCCUCUCAAGAUCAGUCCAAACAGGAGGCUAAAUCUGAAACAGCAGCUGCAGAAGAUGAGGAAGAAGGAACCUCUGGCCAGCCUCCUUCCAAGAGACUGAAGGUGGAACCAGACAAGAAGAAGGAGAAGCGCCACAAGGUCGAUGAGGAUGAAAUCCAAAAGAUGCAGGUUCUGGUGUCGUCCUUUUCUGAAGAGCAACUGAAUCGCUAUGAGAUGUACAGGCGUUCUGCCUUCCCUAAGGCUGCUAUUAAGAGGCUGAUCCAGUCCAUAACAGGAUCAUCAGUGUCCCAGAAUGUAGUGAUUGCCAUGUCUGGUAUUGCCAAGGUUUUUGCCGGGGAAAUUGUUGAGGAAGCGCUGGAUGUUUGUGAGAAGUGGGGAGAUACACCACCUCUUCAGCCCAAACAUAUGAGGGAAGCAGUGAGGAGGCUGAAGAGCCGAGAUCAGAUUCCAAACACCAAGUAUAAGAACAUUCUCUUUCAUUGAGACACCUGUGCUUUAGAUUGUAUGGGGAUGAUGGAGACAGAAGACCAACAAGGCACAGAUUGGUCUCUGCUACCUGACCAAGCUCAGUAUUGACUGUGAUGUGGAAGAAUGGUUGGGGCAGCAGUGAAAUAUAAUCCCAUCUCUUGCAGCAGAAAAGUAGACCUGUCAUUUACCUGUAAUUGGUAAGGUAAAUGCUUGAAGCGCCACACAGUUAAAAUGGUGUAAAAUUAUAUUAAUGUAUUAUGGUUGUAAAUACAGUUUUAUUCUUGAAAAUC